CUUUGAGGAACCACUGGAUGGCGUCGCGUACGAUGAUUCAAUCCCUCCCGCAUUCCUAGCCUUCGCUCCUGCUGGGACUGUCGUCACGGUGGUGGAAGUCGUAGCGAUGUCAACGGGGAACUAUUUUGUUUAUGCAUCUUGUAGAAGACGCAAAGACCAGCCACAUUUCUCCGAUGUUGAAGGGACUGAAUGAGUUGGCGGUUCAUUUACGGGCGUCUUCCGUUCCACUAGCCGCUGGGCUCUGUUUUGAACGGUGUCCAGGAGGGCAAGAUGAGUUAGCGGGCAGGACAGCCAGGACGAGCUGGUCUUCGUCAACUAUGGAACGUAUGAGGACUUCGUUGCGGUGGAGGAGAUGGGAAUCAAGGUCGCAGGUCGUGUUGUGAUCGCCAAGUUCGGAUCCAUUUUUAGGGGUGAUAAAGUUCUUAAUGCCGAGAGGUUCAACGCUUCAGGCAUUAUCCUGUAUACCGACCCUUCCGACUACCACCCUGAGUCCGAUAACGGGGGCCUCGCUUACCCUCAUUCGUUAUGGCUUCCUGGGUCCGGCAUUCAGCGUGGCAGCAUAGUUGUUCACGAUGGAGACCCGACCACUCCGAACUAUCCAGCCCUCGAAGGAGCAUAUCGCCUGCCAGAAGACGAGACCGACUCCCCCAAGAUACCCGCUCACACGCUCAGCUAUAAUGACGCCCGCAAACUACUUGUUAAUAUGGGCGGGCCGGAAGUGCGUGAAGAAUGGAAGGGUCGACUCAAUAUUACUUACAGAAUGGGUCCAAAACUGGCAAGGAAAGGAUGGACACUGAAACUGGAGGUGAAUAACAAAAAACACGUUGUCCCGACUUACAACGUCAUCGGGGUGAUCCGGGGGUCCGAGGAGCCCGACCGUUACGUCAUCCUUGGUAAUCACAGAGACGCCUGGACCUUCGGAUCCUGUGACCCCUCGUCGGCAACGGCUGUGCAGAUGGAGCUCACUCGAUCGCUCGGGCAACUGGUAAAACAAGGAUGGCGGCCUCGCAGGUCCAUUGUCUUCGGAUCUUGGGGCGCCGGCGAGUAUGGGUUCUUCGGCCCUUGGGAGUGGGUCGAAGAGUACCUCAAGGUGUUCCAAAUGCGAGCAGUGGCGCAUCUUAACGUCGAUUUAGCCAUUAUAUACACAUACAACAUUCAAAUCUCCGCUACACCGCUACUGCACAAGAUUAUCAAAGAAGCGACGAAGAAGGCUCCUGCUCCCGACAAAUCCCUUGGUCAUGAGACCUUGUGGGAUCACUGGACUUCCCGAUACAGAGCAGCAUCUCCUGAACUUCUGGAUUGGAAACUGGGGUCAAUUAGCGAACACGCGCCUUUUUAUCAGGGCAUUGGUGUCCCGACGUUAUAUAUGGUGUGGGAGAUUAACUUUAAUGAAUUCAACUGGUCCGAUUACCCGCUCUACCACACUACGUUCGAAGACUUCGAUGCUAUGAAGAACAUUCUUGAUCCAGAAUUUCGUUAUCACCUCUCCAUGGGUCAUCUUUGGGGACUGAUUGCCAUCGGUCUUGCUGACGCUAGGAUUCUUCCCAUGGAUCCUGAAGAUGAGACCAUAAUGUUGAGAAAAAUGAUGGCAGAUCUGAAGAGAGAGUUCGGUCAGAUUUUGAAGCAGAAGGGCAUCGCUCUCGCUCCCGUCGAGACAACCAUUGAUCACUUCGACGAUGUGGCACGUGAUUUCAACCGUCGCCUUGACACAUACACCAAUAUUUCCCCCCUUUUGGCUCGUCAGCUGAACGACCAACUUCUGAUGUUGGAGAAGUGCUACAUCGACGCUGGAGGAAGUCCUCUUAGACCACACAUGAAGAAUAUGGUCUUAGGUACAAAUAACUUCAACCAGUAUGAUGGAUGGACGGCGCCCGGGGUCCGAGACGCUAUUUGGGAAGCCAUCAGCUGUCAAGGAGAAUGCAUUAAAAAAUGGGAGACUGUCAAAAAACAAAUUUCUGUUCUGCAAUAUGUUAUACAUUCUGCUGUUCUUACUAUGAAAGAUUUUCAGUCUUUUUGAAACAAAAAGCCGUAAGAUAACAUAUGAAGAUAUACUUAUAUAAUGCUACAUACAGAAGUACACACAUUUUUAAUAUAUA